GGGUUUGGGGGCCGUCGAAAAAAACAAACCACCGACAUUGAGUGAGUGGCAGUCCCAGCCCGCCUACUACUCACCCCCCUUCUGACAGCCUAUAUAUUGCCCCCAAGGCAAUCAGCAUCUUUCAAAAUAAAACGCUUUUUAUCCAUGUCCAAAGAACUCGCUAGCAAGGCCGCUGGCUCUGCCAAGCAGGCACAAGUGAACUCUCGCUCUGUCGCCACUGUCCCCAGUGUCAGAGGCAUGUCCAGCAGCCCACCUCUGGCCGAAGCAGCCUACUCACCUCUCACUCCUAUUACUGCCCUUCCCAACAAGUUGGACCCUGCCGAUGCUGAACUCAAGACAUUGAUUGAUAACAACCAAGCUUGGGCUGACGCUGUUACCAAGGAAAAGCCAAACUAUUUCAAGGAAAUGUCUUUGAAGCAAGAACCCAAGAUUCUCUGGAUCGGUUGUUCCGAUUCCCGUGUUCCUGCCGAACAAGUUGUGCAACUUGGACCUGGCGAAAUCUUUGUCCACCGUAACAUUGCUAAUGUUGUUCACCACACUGAUAUGAACUGUCUCUCUGUUCUUCAGUAUGCUGUUGAAGUCUUGAAGGUUGAGCACAUCAUUGUUUGUGGUCAUUAUCAUUGCGGUGGUGUCAAGGCAUCUUUGGGAACAACGCAAUUUGGUUUGAUCGAUAACUGGCUCAGAACUAUCAAGGAUGUCUACAGAGAACACCAAUCUGAACUUGAAGCCAUUGAAGACACUAAAGUUCGUGAACGUCGUCUUGUCGAACUUAAUGUCGUCAACUCUGCUAUGAAUGUCGCCAGCACCACCAUCGUACAAAAUGCCUGGCAACGUGGCCAGAAGUUGGCUGUUCAUGGAUGGGCUCACAACAUUGAAGAUGGCCUUAUCAACAAGCUCAACUUGACUUUGAGAGACAACAGCUCGCUUGAAAAGGUCUACCGCCUUUUCUAAAUCACUCACCAAACGCUGACUAGGGUAGAUAGUGAAAUCAAUUGAAUAUGUAAAGCCAUCAACUAACCACCCAUAUAGCUGAUGAUAUAUAAAAAGAAAAUUACGAGAAGAUAAAUAAAUAAAAAAAAAGGUGUAAUCCUGAAUACAGGUUGUAACUGCGUAGGGCCAUAAUUUUCUUUUAUGAU